AUGAGUAUCAAUGACCUCCUCAGCCCUUCUGAUAUCGCUGCUGCGCUCAGAGACUGCCAAGCUCCAGAUAGUUUUAACCCCAAAAAAUUCUUUCAAAUCAGCGGCAUGACCAAAAAGAGUGGAAGCCAAGUGAAGGAGAUCUUCCGGUACCUAGACAAUGAUCAAAGCGGCUUCAUCGAAGAAGAUGAACUCAAAUUUUUCCUCCAGAGGUUUGACAGCGGAGCCCGGGUGUUAACACCUACGGAAACCAAAACGCUUAUGGCAGCGGCAGACCAUGACGGAGACGGAAAAAUUGGGGCUGAAGAAUUCCAGGAAAUGGUGCACUCCUAA